AUGGAGCUUCAGGAGCUGAAACCUUUAGUGGAGGGCGCCGGGGUGCUAUCUGGCCCCGGCCUCCGUGCAAUCGCCGCAAUAGACGACUCAGUUGACCUGGACGAAUUCCGUAUGUUUUCCUUCAAGAUCCUGCCCUGCUCGCGCCGCACGUCCCACGACUGGACGAGCUGCCCCUUUGCUCACCCAGGCGAGAAAGCGCGCAGGCGCGACCCGCGUCUCUUCAGCUACCUGGCAGUUCCUUGCCCCGAUGUGAAGCAGCGGCCGGACUGA